AUGCUGAUCAAGGGUAUCCGGAGCUUCAGUCCGGAGAACCAAGCAGUCAUCACAUUCUUCAAGCCGCUCACACUCAUCGUCGGUCCUAACGGAGCCGGAAAAACCACCAUCAUAGAGUGCCUGAAAUGUGCAACAACGGGAGAGCUCCCUCCCAACGCUCGAUCCGGCCAUUCUUUCAUCCACGACCCCAAGGUCGCGCAUAUAACUGAGACCAAGGGGCAGAUCAAGCUGCGGUUCCGCACAGCAGCAGGCAAGGACGUGGUGAGCGUACGCAACUUCUCGCUCACACAGAAGACCAGCAAGAUGGAGUUCAAGGCCAUUGAGAGCGUGCUCCAGACAAUAAACAGUACUACGGGCGAGCGCGUCUCGCUGAGCUACCGGUGCGCUGACAUGGAUCGCGAGAUCCCACUGCUGAUGGGUGUGCCCAAGGCGGUGCUGGAGAACGUGAUAUUCGUUCACCAGGAUGAUGCCAACUGGCCCCUUGCUGAGCCCGCGCUGCUCAAGAAGAAGUUUGACGACAUCUUCUCCGCCACCAAGUACACUAAGGCGCUGGAGGCACUGAAGAAGGUACACAAGGAGCAGGCGCAGCUUAUAAAGGAGAUGAAGCUCAAGGCGGAGAACCUCAGGAACAUACUCGACACGUCCUUGCGGCUUCAGGAGGGCAUAAAGGCAGACUCAGGCCAGUCAGAGCGCCUGGCAGCGCAGAUCGAGAGGCUGGAGGGGCAGAUUGCGGAGCGACGGGCGCGGCAGAGCGAGGUGGAGAGCGGUUUGGCGCGGUUGAGACAGCUGAAGGCGGAUUUGCAGACGCAGGAGGGGCGGCUGGAGCUGCUGUCACGGCAGAAGGUGCAGCAGCGCGCCAACAUAGUGUCAGACAAUGAUGAAUCGGAUGAGAAACUUGGAGAGUGGCGGCGGGAGUUUGAGGGCGCGGUGGCCAGGCUGGAGGGCAGCCUGGCGCGCACCACACGGGCGCUCAGCGAGCUGAGAAUUCAGCAGGAGGUGGAGCGGGAGAGCAGCGAGCGCGACAAGCAGCUCGUCAGCCGGCUGCAAGUGGAGAAAGAGGUGCACGAGCGGGACUGCAACGAGCGAGACAGGUGCCUGCAGGAGCUGUUUACCAAGCACGACUUGGGAGACAUAGGCCCCGUGCCCCUGGCGAGCAAUCAGGCGGUGGAGCUGGGCUCGCGCGCAGCUAGCAGGCUGACAAAGCUGCAGGAGCAGUGGGACGAGAUGAAGCGCGGGCAGCAGGAGGAGGAGCGGCGGCGGGGGGCGGAGAUUGAGGCUGCAGGGGGGGAGAUUGUGAAGGCGGAAGGGCAGCUGCAGAUGGCACAGGAGAGGAAGAGCAGCAGUGAGGCAAGGAGGCAGCAGGUGAAGGAAGCCAUGGAGAGCAGCAGUGUGGACGAGGAUGGGAUGGCCCGGCUGGAGCGAGAAGAGAAAAAAACGAAAGCAGAGGCGGACAGGCUGGCGACCAAGCUACGAGAUCCCACGCUGCUGUCCAAGCUGGAGGAUGCGAAAGCAGACCUGAGCCGGCAGGAGCAGCGGCUCAAGGUUCUGCAGCGGGAGAAGGACAGCCUGGCGGCAGAGAGCAGCGAGCGGGUGACGCUGAGGCUGAAGCAGGAGGCGGUCAGGGAGAAGGAGGCUCAGCUGAAGAAGCUGCUGGCAGAGAACAAGGGGCGGAUAGAGGAGGUGCUGGGCGGGGAGAUGCCGUCAGACACAAGCAAGCUGGUUCGGGAGGUUGAAAAGGCGAUCAGGGCGCAGCAAGUGGUGUAUGAGGAGGCAGAUGUGAAAGCCAAGGAGGCAGGCAAUGAGGCAGCAGUGCAGCAGCAGCGGCUGGACCAUGCACGGAGCGAACUUAACAGGCACAGCAACGAGAUGGAUACCAAGCGAGUCCUCAUUCAGACGCGUCUGAGCAAGGCAGUGGAUCCAUCUCUUGCAGUGGACGAUUUGGAGAGAGUACGAGGAGAGAAGAGAACUGCUCUCGAGGAAGCUAUCGGGGCGUACGAGACAUUUGUGGAAAUGAAGAAGUUUGUGGCACAAUUCGAGCAAGUGGCUCGGCGUAGGCACUGCUGCCCAACUUGUGAAAGAUGCUUCUCCCAGAAAGAGGAGGAACAAUUUGUGGAGAAAAUAAAGAACAAGAACAGGAACGCUGGGAACAAGGAGGCUGAGUUGAAGCGGGAGCGGGAGGGACUUGCGCAGAAGCUGGGGAUUCUGGAUGAUCUGCAUCCUGUUUAUAACGAGUACAGGAAGCUGGUGGAUGAGCUGGUGCCACGUGCCAGGGUGGUAGUGGGCCACGUGGAGGAAGCCCAGAGCAAAGCCCAGGAGAACCAUGAGACUCUGCUAUGCAUGCUGGCAGAGGCCAAGGCAAAGCUAGACGCAGCGGGGCGGGUGGAGGGGGUGGUAAAGGACGCGGAGAGGGUGAGGAAGGAGGCGGAGAACGGGGAAGCAGAGGUGCAGGAGCUGGAAUACCGCCUUGACACGCUCUCCCAGGCCAUGCGCUCUCUGGCUGAUGUCAAUGCUGACCUGGCUGCUGUCGAAGAGAAGAGGGAUGCAGCAGCAGGGGACGUGGAGAGGCUGAGGGAGGAGCAUGCAGCACUGAAGGACGAGGCAGCAGCAGCCAGCAACAGGUGGCGGGGGGCGCGGGAGGAGAGGGCCCAGAUGGCUCUGAGAGUGGCAAGGCGGCGGGAGAUGGAGGAGGAGGUGGGGCAGCUGGAGGUGGCGAUUGAAGGGAGCAAGCUGGAAAUACAGGCACUGGAGCGGAGCAUGGGGCCUCUGAGGAAGAAGCAUGGGGAGGCAGUGGAGGGGCGGAGGGUAUGGCGGGAGAAGGCAGGGGCGGAGGAGGCGGAGAUGCAGGGGCGGGUGAGGGGCAUGGAGAGAGACCUGGACGGGACGAGAGCGAUAUUCAAGAAGAUCGAUGAGGAUCCGGAUGGGUCGAAAGGGAUAUUUGCCAACAUCAAUGAGUUGCCCGUUUCAUUUCUCCUCGCCCCUCAUCCCACCAGCUAUGCUGCCUCGAACAAGAUGGUUCCUUGUUGGGACUCUUGGAGAUUCUCGCCCUCCUCCCUUCCCCUCCCAUCCCCUCCCCCCCCCGUCCCAUUUCCUCUCAUCCCCUCCCAUCCCCUCCCAUCCCUUCUCCUCUUUCAACUCCUCUCUCCUCACCCCACCAACUACAUCGCCUCAAGAGCAACGUCUAAGGGGCAGGCGCCUCUCCUCUAA